CAAAAAUCAUGUGGUCUAUUUAUUGGUCAAUUAUUAAAUGUUACACCUUACAGUAGAACACCUGUUAUAUCUCCCCUCACACAAGGCAUGGAAUUAUUAGGUUUGAAAUGGCUGCCUUAUUUAACUACUUCUCAAGCCAAAGAAGUUACACCGAUAGAAGUAGGAGAUAAAUUAUGGAAGGACAGUAUUCACAGACUAACUUCAGAACCAGCAUUUGUGUUAGCUUUACGAGGUGUUGGAGCAUUUAUACAGUUAGAGAGUAUGGUGCCCCCUGGUGUGUUAAAUCAACCCAAUAAAACACCACUACAUAAACUCAUGUCACAUACAGCCGAGGAGGCGUAUACCUUCGCCCGUUUAUUCUUCUCGAAACAUGAACUAUAUAUCGAUAACCUCUCACGACCUUUGUUACCAUAUAUACCAGAAUCAUUACAUUUUUCAUCCAUUAAAAAAUCUAGUGCUGACCAUAAACCGGAACCUAGAAUAUCUGUUAAUAUAUUUGAUAUUAUGAAGUCUGGUUCUUGUCCAAUCAAAACUUUUCUACUCAUUAAACCUGGAGCUGUAAAGAAACACCCGUUAACAAAAUUCCUCAAGAAAUUUGGACAAGAAGGUUUUAGAGUUGUGGGAUUAAAACUGGAUGUUCUAGACGAACAGAAAGCAAAUGUGAUUAUCCAGUCUCUUGAGAUAGAGGAUGAAGGGGUACAAGAAAAACACCUGUCCCACCUCACAUCUGGACCAUCAGUGUUGAUAUGUCUAGAGAGAGAAAACAGUGUAAAGAAAUUAGUUGAUGUCAUUGGCCCAGAUGAUCCUCAAGCAGCCAGAAGAAAAAGUCAGUUUUUGUGGAGAGGAAUAUUUGGAUCUGAUCCCGUGGCUAAUGGUUUAUAUGGUUCUGUAAAUUACUGUACAGCUGUAAAAGAAUUAGAGGUAUUCUUUCCUGAACAAUCCACACAGUUAUUAGAUAAUUCACAGCAGGAGGAAGUUAUAGAAGACAGUAUUAUAGAUGUAGAUUACAAUAACAAUCGACAGAUCUCUAUCAAUCAUGAUGGAUGCAGUUUACAUUAUGAAGAUUCUACAAUGGCUGGUAUUCACGCCACCCUUUUACUUCAGACCAAUUGUAUCUUACUGACUCCACCAUUAUUGGGUUUGACUCCUAGAAGUAAAGGUCAUGGUUAUGUAGAGGUCAUGGAAUCCUUACAAACUAAUGGAUUUGAAAUAGUUGGUGCUAGAAUGGUGAAUCUAAGUCAGACACAAGCUGAACAAUUUCUGUGUUUAACUGAAGCUGGUAGUUUUAAACAGGUUCCUGUACUGUUGAUGGGGCCUUGUAUAGUAUUAGCAAUACAACGAGAUAACGCUGUUGUAGCAUUUAAUUCUAUAUUUGAAAGUACUGUGAGUGGAGAUACAUUAUUAAAGAAAUAUGGUCAGUUUAUACUGCGUAGUUCUACAGUUAAACAGGCUCACAAACUCUUACCAUUCUUCUUUGAUUCCUUGAUGCCUGGAAGUCAGAUCACCAUAACUACGAACAAAUCUAUACAAGCUUGAACUGAAUUAUAGCAACAUGAAUUCCAAGUUUUGCUCAAAUCAAACAAUAUGGAGGAUUCAGAAAAACUUACUCUGAGUUCAAAACUAAAGACAUUUAACAGUGCUGUUUCAUUUAAAAAUUACAUUUCUUAGUUUUGCAUGACCUUGGUAAUUAUAAUAAGAUCUUUAUUUCAUUUUGUUAAAUUUAAUUCUAAGAUAAUCUUCUUACACGGUAGCACUUUUAUUUUUGCCACCUACCUCAAUUAUUACUUCUGGUUGGGGGUGGGGGGGGGAGUUUC